AUUGGAAUGCCGAAAUUUCAGAAUAAUAAAUAUUCAUUUGACAAUUUAACCCUUUUUAAAUUUGAAAUUCCAUUUAAUACUACUUUUAAGAAAAAUAGUGAACAAGAAAAAGAAAAGGACCAAAUUGAGAGUGUGUUGCCGUUAAUUAUGCUUAAGGGGUUUGUCUGACUUUUUUAUGAUCACUUUCAGGUUGCAGCUAGUCUCAUGAAUCUAGGCUCUUUUGGCAUUUAAGAUAGGGUGCGUGUCUGGUCCUGCUCAUGCUAACUCAUACAAUAUGUACAGGCACUUAACCGAUCAGAACUUUUUUUCCUGGCCUAAGGUGGAUGCUUAGAUGCUGACGAAAUAUGAGCUAUCAAAACGUAAAGCGUGAUGUCCGUAUCGAAUAUAAAGAAUAACCAGAGUUUGAUGAACGCAUGAUGGCAGCGGGAUUUGGUAUUUUUUUUUUUAUAAGUUGAUGGUAUAUUUCUGAUGAUUGAACCUAUAAUACAUUGUAUGUUGGUGGUUCAGUUUAAAGUCACUUUUCAUUGUGUAGCAUGGUGUACCCCAAACAUCAUAUAAAGGAAUUGUAGUGUUACGAAUCCAGACUAGAACACAUGUGUGAUCCUAGUUGGACCAAAUUCUGUAAUGCAGCUUCGAAUUUGAAAUUCCUGAUGCAAAACUAAACAAAGAUUCUUUUCGAUUGUAGGCAGCCUAGUUGUCUCAUAGGUUUUAAAGCUUUGAAGGGUCAGGGUUUAAUUAAACACAUUUUAGCUUCUAUAUUGCUAAUGUACCAUCUACAUAUACUAAUGAUCUAUAUUACCGCAAAAUUCUCAUAUUCGACGAUGGAGAGAAUAUUGACCUUUGUGACCAAAUUAAUGAAAAGAGGAUGCUUUUGUGAGCAUCUUUGUUGUGCAACAGUCUAAUUCGAAAUACACAACUUCUUCUUCUUUCUCGUGAAAGACUCUUAAUAAGGCGAAGGGUCCAUGUGUAGGAUUAAAUAUAUCAUUUAUUUUCUAAAUAGUAGCUGCAAAUAAACAAAAUGUUGAUUGAAAAAUGAAAUUCUCUCGAAUAUUUUCAACAACAAUUUAUUUAUAUACUCUAAAAGUACAUUUUCAAAAACAAUGCAAAUGGCGGAAUUGAUUCUAAAACGUAAAAUUUUAAUAGUAAUAUAACAACAACCAAAAAGGAGCUUUUGCUCACAUCAUACAUCAAAAAGACAGAGAGACCAAGUAGAUUCUAAAUUAAACUAUUUGGACGUGAGCAUUUUGGGUUAAAAAUGUAAGAAUGCAAAACAUAAUAAAUAAAUCCAUAAAAUGAACAAAGUAUAAGGACAUAUUAAUAAAAUUCAAAACUUUCCGCCGUUAUAAAUACACAUCGCCCACCAGACAAAAGAAACUUCACCUGUCAUGUCUUGGUUCUGAAACAGAGAAACUCUCACAAACCAAAGAAGAAAAAAUCUUUUUUUGGAACAUUUUCGAAAGUUAUACUUUUUGCCAUUUUUGGUAAAACAAAAACACAUCACUAGAACAUAAACCGGGAAUUUUUAUUUUUUUUUACUUGUUUGUGUUUGUUAAUCACUUCAAAAAAAAUGGCUUCUGCUUCAGAUCUUUAUAUCUUUGAUGGUUCUUCUUCAUCUUCUUCUUCAAUAUUCCGAAAUUCUAGUCCAGAAAUGUUUUCUUCAGACACAACAACAACUACUGAUUUGUUCUGUAACAAUGAACUUUACUCUGUUGAUGAAUCACUCAACAUUUUUGACCAUUUUACCCCUCAAAACAUUCUCUCUUCAUCUCCUCCAAGUGAUCUUCUUGGAACCCUAACUCUCUCUCAGCAUAUUCCCACCGGAUUGUAUCCAAAUUUCUCAGAUUUCCAAAUCUCCGACGCCGUCAAAACAGAGAAGUUCUUCGACGGUCAUAAUCAGACGGCAUCAAUGGCACGAAGCUACAGUGCCAUAGAGAAUGCUGGGAGAUAUAUGCAGAGAAGCUUUAGCAGCAAUUCGGUCCAGGGGAAACCAAACCAGGUUCCGUUCAACAUUCCGAUGAUGGAUUCUUCAAAUCUUAAUUACAAUAACUUGAGCUCGCCGGAAAAUGCUUUCUUGUCCGGUCAGAUGCGACGCGUCUACAGCACCGGAGAUUUGCAGAACAAUUUCCAAAUGCAGCGAUCGUCGGAGAACUCAACGGUGCCGUUUUCCGAGGAACAAAACUUCAAGGUUGGACGUUACAGUGCAGAAGAACGUAAAGAGAAAAUCUCAAAGUACAGAGCUAAACGAAACCAGAGAAACUUUACUAAAACUAUCAAGUAUGCAUGCCGGAAAACAUUGGCCGACAGUAGACCUCGAAUACGCGGUAGAUUCGCACGCAAUGAUGAAGUUGUAGAAAUCCCCAACAUUGAAGAUGACGACUCCGAGCUUUGGGUAAAUCAUAUUCAAAAGACUAGGUUUCUUCUACAAUAUUUUUUAAUCAAACUUCCUAACGUAAAGGAAAAGGAUGAACUUGUAUCGUCGUAUCAUAACUCGGGUUUAAAUUUGAUAAUGUGUGUAAAUUGUAGACGAUAUAAAAUUUCAUACGAUUGCUAAAACUUCGGAGUUCAAUAUCAAACAAAAUCACGUA